CUCCAGGGUCAACUCUGUGGACGUCACCACCACUACAAACACACCAACAGCGUCAGUGUGUGUGUGACACAGUGACUCAGCCUGUAGGCGGCCUCUCUCCACCACGUCGAAAGACUUCACCAAUCUGUCUGGAGUAAAAACAGACUGCCAGCCCACCAAGUUUCACUACAUGUUUGAACAUCACACACACACAGCAGAGGAAGCAGGAGAGAUGAGCUCUGUCCUCGGACCAGGAAAACUAGUUUUCAUGCACUGGAUUUAAGCAGCCACAGAUUCUUGCUCCAUAUGAGGAAGAAAAUCUUGAAAGCACCUUGUCUCUUCUUGAGUCUGUUCACGAGUUUGAAUCUCUGCUCUGGGAAAUUUGGGACGCCGAUAACUGAUGAUGUGAGCAAGCUGUCGCUACUGAAGCAGAAUAUCCCCUCAGAUUAUGAAAUUCCUAUUAGUUACAUUCCCAAAGAAGUGGCUGGCACGUGCUGGGUGGUGUUAAAUAUCUAUCCUUUAGAGCAGAGUCUCCGGAAGCUGGCCACCAUGUUUGGCGUCAUCUCCUCCAACAAAGAGAACAUAAUUGUCUUCAUUGCUAUGCUGAAGAGUUUACGCUUCACCUUUGAUCAUGAGGAACUGGAAACGGCGAUGCAGGUCUUCCAGUGUCACUACCGGGAAGGGAGUUUAAUAUCUGGCCUUUACUUCGACUACAUCAAAGAUGUCCUACAGGCUGCGACUGAAGAAACAUCCAACUUCUCGUGCCAGCCACCACCGUGCCUUAAUACUCAACAAACACCAGGGGGUCUGGAGGAUGGUCAUAAUUACAGCUGGUCUUCGAGAACGCCCAUGCUUCUGGCUCUCAUCCCCUUCAUAGCCUGUGUUGUUCUUAUCGCGUGGCUGGUCAAGUCUGGAAGACGUUUACCAGUGUGCAACACUGGAAAUAACCAAGCACCUUCUGAUGCGAUCCCAAGUGUGUCUGUCUCCAUCCCACUUCAGACACUCGCCCACGCUGCUGACACUCAGCCAGCGGGGGAAGCAAUCCCUGAGCAUGAGAGUGGAUGAAGCACAAAAUUACAUUAUGGAGAGAAGGAAAACUCAGACAGCAGUUUAACAACUCAAUGUCCCGACUGUCCUGUUGUUUGGUGGAAUCCUGCUGGAUUACCAAGUCAGGUCUGCCACUAUUCUGCUUUUGUGGACACCUGCUAUGAAGAAGGGUGUGUCACACAAACUUAUCAGGCUUUUCUAACACCUAACCACGCGAUGGAGCAGAAGAGGACACCAACUGAUUAUCUGCCAAAAUAGCUGACAUAGUAUAUAAAUCGUCAGCUGCCUUGGACAGUGUUUAAGAGCAUUUUUGCUGGCCUGUUGUGAGCGGACCUUGUCUUCUCUGUCGUCCUGUCUCCAGUUUUGAACUGCAGUCAAAAGUAUUUAUGGUGCCACAGAUCAAAACGACAUCACGCUCUUUGGAGGACAUCAUUUCAUCCUGAGAUGGGGACCUCCGUGUCAUUAACUCGUCAACCGUGUUCUGGCAGUUACACAGACCGAACCCCGUCCGGCGCCUGUCUAACGGCUCCGACAGAUAAAAGCAUUAUGGGUUUGCAUAAAACAACUGCGAUUCAACAGGGGCUCGGUCUUGUACUCGUGGUCGAAAUUGUUGUGAUCUGUGAUCCGUCACGAAUUGUGAACCUGCUCGUCACAAACAACAUGCCAAGCAGCUCAACAAGUGUCCUACAUUGUGUAUCAAAGAUCUGACCAGAUGGCAGAUAGCCAUCGCCAGAGGCACUUUGAAUCCUGUCAUUGUGUUCCAAAGCUGCUGCCCAGUGAUCCAUAGCUGCUACUCAGCCUCAGUGAGUGUGUUUUGCGUUUUUAAUGUCUCAUUCACUGAGUCAAUCACGGCCAGUCAUGGGAACAUGACUCCCUGGUUGUGUAGCUCAUGUACUGUAUGUGUCAGAGAGAGGGGGAGCGAGAGACAGGACAGUCAGGAUGAGAGAAAGUGAGGGAGAUUAGGAUAGAUGGAUGGAUGGAUGCAUGGAUGAGCUCAGUGAGAAGCAUAAGGGGGGCUUGUUCUCGUCACAAAAGAGCUGCCCGUAGGCUGGAGGAAAUGCCAGUUACAAACACGACUGAUGUCGACAGAUCCUUAUGAAUCAACAGGCAAAGAAUCUUUCCAGACCGCAGGCGUUUUAGCCUCAUCUGCAGAGGAAGGUUAGUAUUUCAAUAACAACUUUCCGUCUUCAAAUGAUUUAUUUCGAGAAAACGCAUCGAGGACAUGUGGAAAUAUGCGCGUAUAUUCAAAUGUGCUCCUGUUGUGGACAACGCCUACGCGUUAUCCUGACGUUUUAGUGAACAGUGUGUAUAAUUUUUUCAUUUUUUUAUGUCGUGAAAAUGUGCAUUUGUACUUAUAUGAAAUAUUUAACUUAUUUUGCUACAAGAUAAACCACUUACUAUGUGUAAUUAACAUUUACAGAAUAAUGUAAAGGAGGUAGACAAAAUAGUGUGAACACUCAGGGAAAAUAAAAACGUUACCAUGAGGUAACUGAGGUAUGUAAAUCAUCAGGGCAAGUGUAUUUCUGCAGCAGUGGGUUAUAUGAGCUUGAAUAGAUGCAUUGAUCCCCACAAUAUACACUCAUUUCUUUGCUGGAUCAUAUUAUUGUGAGAACUAUUUAAAGGUCCAUUGUGUAAGAAUUUCUGACAUCUAAUGGUGAGAUUUCAACAAAUAGAGGAGCCCUCUCCCCACUAACCCCUUUUCCUAAGCGCCUCAAGGAACCACACAUACCAGAAUGUGUGUUGUUUGUAUUUGUCGGUUGCUGUAGAAACAUGUUGGUGCAAGAUGUCAGCCUCCAUAAAGCAAGGCCUUUGCCUAAAAUGCAUUUAAUCGGUUUAAUUUGUUACAAAAACUGUAAGUUUUUAUACGGUUAUACACUUGUACAAACAUACUUAUUGGUAUUAUAUUCAACUUCUGCAAAUAAACCCUCCGAGAUGUUACACACCAGACCGUCAAUGGCAGGCUAUUUGCAUUUUUAUUGAUGAUCAGCAGUUUAUAACAAUGAUUUCAACAAUAUUGUAUUUUUUAUGAAAGUAAACAUUAUUUUGUCUACUCCCUGCAGGGUCCCUAUAAGCGAAAUUAUUUUGUCAGUGUUGUGUGCUCUGAUAGUAUUUGUCAAUAAUAAUGUAAAGAUGUAUAAUAGUUAGUGUUGUUGCUAUUGUAAAAACGGUGCCACACAUAAAGUCUGAAUGUUUCCUAGAGAGUGAUGAAUAUAAAAACAUUUCAAA